AUGACUGAAAAAUUAUCAACUUCGAUAAGUUCGAGUUCAGGAAAUCCUGCUUUUCAAAAUGAUCGUAGACGUCGAGAUAAUAUAAAUGAAAGAAUCCAAGAACUUUUGGAUAUGAUUCCUGAAGAAUAUUUUGAUAGUUAUUAUGCUAAAAAUUCAGAAGGAGGCACACCUGGUAAUACACCAAGUGGUGGUAGUAGUUCUGCAACAACGCCAGCAAUGCCAGCAAUUCCUAACGUGUCAUCUACAUCAGCAAAGGGUAAAGGCUCUGGAACAAGGGAUGGAAAACCAAAUAAGGGCCAGAUACUUACGCAAACUGUGGAAUUUAUUACAAGAUUACAAAAUGAAGUCGAUGCUAGAAAUAGAGAAGAAGUUGAUCUAAUGGCUAAAGUAUCCAGUCUCAGUAAGAAGACCGGUACUAUUGUAAACGAUAUAAACUUAGAGCAUACCAGUGCGGAAGUCGAGUUAUCCAAAAUCGGCGUUGGUCCUCUCGUAGGGAUGGUGCAUGAUCAAACACUAUCUGAAAAUAUGGAACAACAACAACAACAACAACAACAACAGCAGCAAUCACAACAUCAAUCACAGUACGAUUAUGGUGGUUAUUCUGAGUAUGCUACCUGA